AUUUGCAAGGUAUUUGAUAAGGUGCCGCCUACGUCACCAUGGCAACCGGGAUCCGUGCGAGAGAGGGGCGGACUCUCCCGCGCAAAACUCCGGGAGUCGCGCACGCGCUCGCGCUUCCUGACUGCCGGUACGUCACACGCUCUGCACAGCGGUCCGUUGGCGGGAGACUGGGGGUGAAACACGAUCACAUCAAAACAGCUGCCGGCACCAUGAAAUGCAUAAUUCCCGCAAACAACCUGAGAGCGUUUGGAAAAGCAAUCCAUGCGUUAUCCAAAAUUGGCGAUGAGAUAUGGCUCGAUCCUUUAGAAAAUGGUCUUGCACUGAGAUCGGUUAAUUCUUCUGGAUCGGCAUAUGCUUGCUUUUUAUUCUCUCCCCUCUUCUUCCUGCAUUACAGCAGGGGUAACAAGCAGCAACAGGAAACCUCUGAAGCUGAGGUUGUACCCCUCAACUGUAAGAUGGCAAUUAAGUAUGUUCUUCCAAUGUUUCGAUGCCUAACUACAUUAGAGAGGAAUGUGGAGAAAUGCAAGAUUUAUGUAAAUUCACAGGACUGCCGAGUUGUUUUUCAGUUCUGCUGCAAAUACGGAAUCACUAAAGCUCACCAUUUGGCAUUUCAAGAGUGUGAGACCCUACAGGCUGUGUUUUCGAAACAGUUAUGCCCAAAUAUAGUGCGAUCUCAUGCAAGGCUUCUGGCUGACGUUGCCAUUCAUUUCCCAAUGUCUCAAGAAGAAAUUACAUUGACUGUAACUCCUCUGAAAGCUUUCUUCAAGAGCUAUGUAGAUGAAGACAAAGAUUUCUCAAAAGUAAUGCAAACUGAAGUGAGUUUAAAACCCAAUGAGUUUGAAUAUCUGCAGAUUGGAGUUGACGCUGAGAUAACAUUCUGCUUGAAGGAGCUUAGGGGUCUUCUGGCAUUUGCUGAAUCUAUGAGCCUUUCUGUAUCAGCCCAUUUUGGAACAGCUGGGAAGCCAAUUGCAUUUAUUAUUGAUAAUAUGAUGCUUGAAGGUAUUUUCGUACUGGCUACGUUAACUGACAUAGGGAGCCAGGCAUCAUCACAGCACACUCAGAACUUAAAGACCUAUGGCAAUAAGAGCAGUGAUGAUCAGCCAAACAUUCAGACUGAAGAUGUGAAUGAAUUGAUUAAUGAAGAAAUCAAUUCACCAGCAAUACCCAUAGUAACCACUACACAAAAAGAUGGUCGGUCCCAAAUUCAGAAAAGAAAGGACCACUGCAGGAGCCCCAGAUUUACAGAAGAUCUAAAUCAAAAUGUCAAGAUAUCCUCUGUGUUUAGCAAUUACUUAGCGGAUGGAGUUGAAAAUGAAAUGGUGCCUGGAACACCACCAAAUAAAAAGUUGUGUUCACUAUUCUUCAGUGCUGUGUUAACCAAACAUCAGAAGAACAGUCAUCAAACCUUGGUGAGCCUAGCAGAUGACAGUGAGGAGGAGGAUAUUAAGGAAGGAAAACACAGGCAAAAGUUCUCAGAACUCUGAGUGACAGUCCUGGGAAUAUCUAACUCAAUAGCUUCAGGAUCAGGACAGCCAAUGGGCAGCUUUACGAGGAAAGCAAGAAUCUUGCUGAUCUUAACAAUUGCAACGAUGGGAUAUAGACAUUGCAUUUGAUUCUGCUCUUCAGCAUGUUAUGAACGGACUUACAGUAAUGAUUAGAUGCAUUUACAUUUGUUUUAAAGCAUCACAAUCAUUGACUUCAUGUUAAGCAUUAAGAAUGGCAAAUUCAAAGUUGCAAGUUGAGAUUUGUAUCAAAUCUCUUGCACACAAUUCAUUUAAAAAAAGUUUAAUUUUUUUUAAAUGAAAUGCAAGUCAAUUUGAAUUUAACUUAUUGCAAAUUGUAAAAAAUCUCAAACUAUACUUACAUCAAUCAAAUGUGAAAAUAAUUAAAUUCUUUAAUCACUAUAACAUUUUCUAAUAUGUGAAUAAAUUUGCCAUUUUUUGAUAAUAGCCAAUGGUCUUUUGACAGCAAAGAUGUUUAAGUUUAAGGCAAUUAUUUGAUUUAUUGCUAUCUUUUGCAUUUUAGUCUUUCAAAACAUACUAGCAAGAUUUGUAAUGGCAAGAUCUUGACUGAAUUAAAAGUUUUUCUUCACAUUAAACCUGUAACUUACUUAAACCAAUGACCCACGGAGAGUACAAGAUCUGGUGAUUGCUGGAGAAAUUUUUCAGGACGAUGCAUUUCUAAAAUUCGAGUUUAAGAAUGUUGCCUACUUUACUUAGUUUCAAAUUAUAUUACAAAUAAAAUCUCAGCAGAAUACUUAAUGGUAACUGAAUAACCGGUAAAUGGUGGCAUAUGCAUUAUACAUUUAAGAUGGUCAAUUGCAAAUAUUUUUCUAGUUAAGAUGCAAUAUAAUGUAAAUUCAGUAGAUUGAAACAAUCAAGACAGCUGUUAAUAAACAUCCAAAAAGAUUUGAACAGGUGCGGCAUGACGUACAAGUUUUGAACAUGUCAAAAUUAAGAUAAUUAAUAGUGAGCAGUGGAAAAUACUGGCAACUAACUUGGUCCUAUGAUUGUUUAAAAAUAGAAGCACAGCAGAGGAUGCUAUUUAGCCUAUUAUAUAUAUACAGCCUUUGGUAGAGGAAAAUAAAUGAAGCUCCUCAAGCCUGCAAAACUAAAAUAAGAUUCACAUGAUGUCUGGCAUUACCACUGGAGCAUCAUUUUGCAAUGCUCAGCAGAAACGAUUACAGCUUUAAAAUUGUACUCUAUUUGCUGAUUUAAUAAAAUUAAAAUAGUUUCACUUGGA